CCGAACCGGCAGAGCGAAGCUACUGCAGUUUCUCUUAGCCUCAGCGUGGUGUGGGGCGAAGCAGAGCCAUUGUGCAUCAGGGAGAGCUCGGUGCUGGUGCUGACGCUUCGGGUGCAUGAUAACCCAGCAGGUCACUCACCCCAGCGGCUGGAAUGUGUGCUGACUCUGCCAACUUCUGAGACUGAGAACCAGAGGAAGCCAGCUGGAGAAUGCCGUCUGAACGCUGCCUCAGUAUUCAAGAAAUGUUGACGGGCCAGAGGCUUUGCCACUCUGAGUCUCACAACGACAAAGUCCUGGCGGCGCUGAAUCGGCAAAGAAGUGACGGCAUCCUCUGCGAUGUCACGCUGGUCGCAGAGGAGCAAAAGUUCCACGCUCACAAGGCGGUCCUGGCCGCGUGCAGUGACUACUUUCGGGCCAUGUUCAGCCUUUGCAUGGUGGAGAGUGGAGCUGAUGAAGUGAAUUUGCAUGGCGUGACCAGCCUUGGCUUGAAGCAAGCACUGGAGUUUGCAUACACAGGACAGAUUUUGUUGGAGCCAGGCGUGAUCCAGGAUGUGUUGGCAGCUGGAAGUCAUCUCCAACUUCUGGAACUUCUCAAUUUGUGUUCUCACUAUCUCAUCCAGGAAUUAAAUAGCUUUAAUUACUUGGAUCUGUACAGACUUGCCGACCUCUUUAACCUCACUUUGUUGGAGAAGGCAGUGAUUGAUUUCUUGGUGAAACAUCUCUCAGAACUCCUGAAAAGCCGCCCGGAAGAUGUUCUCAUGUUCCCAUACUGCCUGCUGCAGGAGGUGCUGAAGAGUGACCGUCUCACCUCCCUGAGCGAAGAGCAGAUCUGGCAGCUAGCCGUGAGGUGGUUGGAACACAACUGCCAUUACCAGUACCUGGAUGAGCUCUUGCAGUACAUCCGCUUUGGCCUAAUGGAUGUGGACACUCUUCAUACCGUCGCCCUGUCCCACCCUCUUGUCCAGGCCAGUGAGACGGCCACAGCUCUCGUCAACGAGGCCCUGGAAUACCACCAGAGCAUCUACGCACAGCCCGUCUGGCAGACCCGCAGGACAAAACCACGAUUCCAGUCAGACACGCUGUAUAUCAUCGGCGGCAAAAAGCGUGAGGUCUGUAAAGUCAAGGAACUGCGCUACUUCAACCCCGUUGAUCAGGAGAAUGCCCUCAUUGCCGCCAUUGCCAACUGGAGUGAACUGGCGCCCAUGCCGGUGGGAAGAAGUCACCAUUGUGUGGCAGUCAUGGGCGACUUUCUGUUCGUAGCAGGAGGGGAAGUUGAGCACGCCAGCGGCAGGACGUGUGCCGUGAGGACUGCCUGCCGCUUUGAUCCCCGCAGUAAUUCCUGGGCAGAGAUAGCACCCAUGAAAAACUGCCGGGAGCAUUUUGUGCUGGGUGCUAUGGAUGAAUACCUCUAUGCGGUAGGGGGCCGAAAUGAACUGCGCCAGGUUCUCCCUACGGUUGAGAGAUACUGCCCUAAGAAGAAUAAAUGGACUUUUGUGCAGUCCUUUGACAGAUCCCUGUCGUGUCAUGCUGGAUAUGUGGCUGAUGGUCUUCUUUGGAUAUCAGGUGGAGUGACUAACACAGCUCAGUAUCAGAACAGGCUAAUGGUAUAUGAGCCUAACCAGAACAAGUGGAUAAGCCGUAGCCCCAUGCUACAGCGGAGGGUCUACCAUUCCAUGGCUGCUGUCCAAAGGAAGCUCUAUGUUCUUGGAGGCAAUGAUCUGGACUACAAUAAUGACCGGAUUCUUGUGCGCCAUAUAGAUUCUUAUAACAUAGACACUGAUCAGUGGACACGCUGUAAUUUCAACCUGUUGACUGGUCAGAAUGAAUCCGGAGUUGCUGUCCAUAACGGGAGAAUAUAUUUAGUUGGUGGAUAUUCAAUUUGGACAAAUGAGCCUCUGGCUUGUAUCCAGGUAUUGGAUGUAAGUAGAGAAGGCAAAGAAGAAGUAUUCUAUGGACCUACACUACCCUUUGCUUCUAAUGGAAUAGCAGCAUGCUUCCUUCCAGCUCCGUAUUUCACAUGCCCUAACCUUCAAACUCUUCAAGUGCCUCAUCACAGGAUUGGCACCAUUUGAAAAGCAAAUGCACAGUUAAUAACCAUAUGAACAAAACUUGAGGAAU